GUGUUGGUUUUGGGGGUUUUUUUUGUUGCUGUUUCUUGUGGUGGGGGUGUUGCAAAGCAGUGGACUCCACUUAAAAAACAAUUACGAUCACUGCCAUAAGGGCAGUGAUGUAGUUUCAAAUUCAGAAGUGCAGGCGCUCUGCAUGACAGCCCCCACAGCCACGGCCACCCCAACAGCCGAGAAGCCGAGAAGUACCAGUGCUCCGUCCUUGUGCGUCCCCCCUCCACUACGCCCCCUGUACAAGGGAAAGAAAACUGAGUUAGGAGGCAGUGGAAUGCAGAUUAUCAGAACAGUAAAACAGAGAGAGGCACAUCUCCUGCAGCAUAACAAGAAACUCCUGUCUUACUGACAAUGCUCUCUGGAAAUGCACAAACACAUUCAUAUCAAUAUGCAUAACUAAUAACUAUAACUUCAUAUAACUAUAAUAUAACUUCACUUAUAACUAUAAUAGGUAUAACUAAUAACUAUAACUUCAUUGUGUCUGGAAGUCCUGAAUUCUUUGGCCAAACCCAGUCUGUAAAACCUGACAGUCUUCUAGGCGUAGGCCUUGUCUCAGUCUCAGGGUCUUUCUGAGCGAUGUUGCCUCCUGAAGAACCUGUGCUGACCUGAAAUUUCUGGAAAUCCAGUGAUUUGGUAGAAGUGUUUUUCAAGAACGCUACAUUUCUGAGGGAGGGUGGAUAAAAUUAAUGCAGACAAAUAGGAGCAACACGGCCUCAAAGGACCUUGGGGAUUGUAGUCUGACAAAGGCCUGCGCUGUUACUGCUGUUGUAGUUGGGAGAAGACAGAAGAGUAAGAGUAGGAGGAAGACAAGAAGCCUACACAAAGAGCUGUCAGUGCAGCUGGCCUGGCCUGUCUCCUGAGCUGUGUGAGGAAAACUUGCAAGGCUGAGAAGGAAGAAGUUAGUUCAGGGGCGGCUGCGGCGGCUGAGAACUGUAGUUCGUGGAGUCAGUAGCAGGUUGCUAAAGAAGCCCAGCUUCCAUUAAGCCCCUUUGCCUUUGGAAAGAGUUUCCCGCUGCUAGCUAGGACAAGGCAAGCACAAGGCCUGUGCUGCAUGUGAGUAUGUUUUUGAACACUUUAACCCCCAAGUUCUACGUUGCCCUAACAGGCACUUCCUCAUUAAUCUCAGGACUUAUUUUGAUAUUUGAAUGGUGGUAUUUUCGCAAGUAUGGGACAUCCUUCAUUGAACAGGUGUCUGUGAGUCACUUGCGCCCUCUGCUGGGUGGGGUGGACAACAACUCUCCCAACAACUCUAAUACAAGCAAUGGUGAUUCCGAUUCAAACCGGCAGAGUGUCUCAGAAUGCAAAGUCUGGCGAAAUCCACUAAAUCUAUUUAGAGGAGCCGAAUAUAACCGGUAUACAUGGGUGACAGGAAGAGAACCUUUGACAUACUAUGAUAUGAAUCUCUCAGCACAGGAUCAUCAAACAUUCUUUACAUGUGAUACAGACCAUUUAAGGCCUGCAGAUGCAAUAAUGCAGAAAGCGUGGAGAGAGAGAAACCCCCAGGCCAGAAUUUCUGCAGCCCAUGAAGCUUUAGAGUUAAAUGAGUGUGCCACUGCUUAUAUUCUCUUGGCAGAAGAGGAAGCAACAACUAUUGUGGAAGCAGAAAAACUGUUUAAACAGGCUCUGAAGGCUGGCGAAGGCUGUUACAGACGUAGCCAACAGCUGCAGCAUCAUGGCUCCCAGUAUGAAGCCCAACACAGACGGGACACUAAUGUAUUAGUCUACAUUAAAAGGAGGCUGGCUAUGUGUGCAAGAAAGCUGGGGAGGACCAGGGAAGCUGUGAAAAUGAUGAGAGAUUUAAUGAAAGAAUUCCCUCUUCUCAGCAUGUUCAACAUCCAUGAAAAUUUGCUAGAAGCUCUUUUGGAGUUACAAGCAUAUGCAGAUGUCCAGGCAGUUUUAGCAAAAUAUGAUGAUAUAAGUUUGCCAAAAUCAGCAACAAUAUGCUACACAGCAGCCCUUCUCAAAGCCAGAGCUGUCUCUGACAAAUUUUCUCCAGAGGCAGCUUCAAGACGAGGGCUGAGUACGGCAGAGAUGAAUGCAGUAGAAGCUAUUCACAGAGCAGUAGAAUUUAAUCCACAUGUGCCAAAAUAUCUCCUAGAGAUGAAAAGCUUAAUAUUGCCGCCUGAACAUAUCUUGAAGAGAGGUGACAGUGAAGCCAUAGCUUAUGCGUUCUUUCACCUUCAGCACUGGAAACGAGUAGAGGGGGCCCUGAACCUCUUACAUUGUACGUGGGAAGGCACUUUUAGAAUGAUCCCUUAUCCCUUGGAAAAAGGGCACCUUUUCUACCCUUACCCCAUCUGUACAGAAACAGCAGACAGAGAACUUCUUCCAUCAUUUCAUGAAGUCUCUGUUUACCCCAAGAAAGAGCUUCCUUUCUUCAUUCUCUUCACUGCUGGAUUGUGUUCCUUCACAGCUAUGCUGGCCCUCCUGACACAUCAGUUCCCAGAGCUAAUGGGAGUCUUUGCAAAAGCAGAGCGUAGUGGCCAUAUAACAGCAGUUUCCCCUCAUUCUCCUUUGUUAAGUUUACUUGUGAAGCAGUUGCCAUGUGCCAAUUUAUAUUCCACCAAAUUGCAUCCAGUUGUGGUCCAUUGGAGCAAGGCACCAUUGCAGUUUCUUAGUACUCUUUUUGCUCCCUUGAACUUUGUGAUGGAAAAAGUGGAAAGCAUCUUGCCCUCCAGCCUCUGGCAUCAGCUCACACGGAUCUGAAGCAAAAUAGUCCUGAAUUACUGCCAGGACAUUUUCUGUGCCAACUUAUUGUUGACAACCAGAAAGCAUGAUUUUUAAAAAAGGGAAGCCGUUCUAAGACUUUAAAAAGAAACUCUUCAUGGAUUGUCUGUUAUCAUAUACACUUUUGUUGUACAAAAUACACAUCAAUGUUUGGUUCUAUUCUAUUUGCUUUCAGAAAAUAAAAUGAAAAAAACUAAAAAAUAAAUUUUUGUGUAUUGCA